ACAGCGUAUUCCUGAAUCAGUUUCCAACUCCGGAAGAGAGAGAGUGAGAAUGGUAGGUCCAGUGAGACCUCAAUUCGUGCUGUUUGGUUCGUCAAUUGUCGAAUACAGUUUUGGCACCGGAGGUUGGGGUGCCAUUCUCGCCGACUUGUACGCUCGCCAGGCAGAUAUAGCUUUGCGAGGAUAUGCUGGUUGGAACUCAAGGCGUGCUCUACAAGUAUUAGAGCAAGUUUUUCCAAAGGAUGCUGCUGUUCAGCCUUCUUUGGUAAUAGUCUAUUUUGGUGGUAAUGAUUCCAUGCUCCCUGACCCAUCUGGACUAGGCCCUCAUGUGCCACUUCCGGAGUAUGUUGAAAAUAUGAGGAAAAUUGCUAUCCAUCUCAAGAGCCUUUCAGAAAAGAUCCGCAUUAUCUUCCUCACUGCUCCUCCUAUCAAUGAGGAACAGAUAUGUCAAAGCUUAGGAGGCUUUGGUUUCCGGCUAAGUCGAACCAAUGAGUCCUGCAGAGUAUAUUCCAAUGCUCUCUUGGAACUUUGCCAAGAAAUGGGUAUCAAAGCAGUUGAUAUGUGGACCGCAAUUCAGCAAAAAAAAGAUUGGAAAACUACUUGCUUUAUAGACGGAAUACAUUUUUCAGCAGAAGGGAGCAAGAUAAUUGCAAGGGAGAUACUGAAAGUCAUCAAAGAGGCAGAGUGGGAACCGAGCUUAUACUACAAGUCUUUGCCACCUGAAUUCGGAGAGGAUUCACCUUUCGAUCCUGUCAGUCCUGAUGGAAAAACAACUUUGAAUAUAUCCAACCAAUGCUUUGAUAGAAACUUACACUGGGAUAUUUGCAAUGGGAUUGAGAAUACAUGAACAAUUAGAGACUACUUUGCAAGCAUGCCAAGCCAAAAUAAAAGAGCAAGAUUUGGUCACAGGGGAUUAUAUUCGUGGAUGAUGAGACAUGCAGUUUAAUUUCUUUAUAAACAAACAGGUAAAUCGUGUUGAAAAUAAAUUUAUUGUGCUGGUACAGCCUAUAUACUAUGUUUUGUACGGAUCCAUGUUUUGUCUCUUUUUAGUAGAAAUCCAAAAUAAGACCAAUAAAAUUAUAAU